AUUGACCCGUCUUUUUCGUCACAAGCGUUUUUACAGUCGUGCGCACAAAUUAUUUAACGUUUGGUUUGAAGACUUUCUUGCGUGGACAAACGUGGUCGUUACGUCUUCUUCCAAAAGAGUCGCCCGCGUAGCAUUCGUCAUGCUUACAUUGAGUACGUAGCGGUGACGACGCACCUAUAUAAGUUUAGACAAACGCAAAAUUUUUUUUGUUUGCGAAAACAAUCAGCAGGACUGCAACGUCUGUGCGAAAUUCAUAUCAAACUCCCAAGCUUCCUGACAACUCACGGAGUCAUGGCAGACAUUAUUGAACAAGUCUCUGAAGAAAUGGACAACCUCCAGCUCGGGGGGCGGUCGGUGAAGGACGACUUUCCCAAUCUCAGUCAGCACAACAACUACAUGGCCAAGUUCUUAACCUUGGACAUGUACAAGAAACUGAGGGAGCAUUGCACCCCCAAUGGCUUUACUAUAGACGACGUCAUCCAGACAGGCGUGGACAAUCCAGGGCACCCCUAUAUCAUGACUGUGGGCUGUGUGGCUGGAGAUGAGGAGUCGUACGAGGUCUUCAAGGACUUGAUGGACCUUGUGAUUCAGGAUCGCCAUGGAGGUUACUCACCGACAGAUAUGCAUAAGACUGACCUCAUGCCUGAGAAUCUGAAGGUACCAGCAUUUCACGCAGACCUUGAUGUCGAUGUUGAGAUUGGUAAAAUAUUUGUUGUGCCUCUCAAGGGUGGCGAUGACCUUGACGACAAUUACGUUCUGAGCGCCCGUGUGCGAACUGGCCGCAGCAUUCGUGGCUACUGCCUGCCGCCACACUGCAGCCGUGGGGAGAGACGUGCUGUGGAGAGGCUCUCAGUUGAAGCCCUGGAUUCACUGACUGGAGACCUGCAAGGGAAAUACUACGCCUUGAAGAACAUGACUGAGGAGGAGCAGCAGCAGCUGAUUGAUGACCACUUGCUGUUUGACAAGCCGGUGUCCCCUCUGCUGCUGGCCUCGGGGAUGGCCCGUGACUGGCCCGACGGCAGAGGCAUCUGGCACAACGACAACAAGACAUUCCUAGUGUGGGUGAACGAGGAGGACCAUCUGCGAGUGAUCUCCAUGCAGAAAGGCGGCAACAUGAAGGAAGUGUUCACUCGCUUCUGCACCGGACUCACUGAGAUUGAGGCCUUGUUCAAGGAAAAAGGCGAAGCAUUCAUGUGGAAUGAGCACCUGGGCUACAUCCUGACUUGCCCAUCCAACCUGGGCACUGGCUUGCGUGCUGGUGUCCACGUGAAGCUGCCAAACCUGGGAAUGCAUCCCGAGUUUGAAGAUAUUCUUAGCAGGCUGAGGCUCCAGAAACGUGGAACUGGUGGUGUGGAUACCGAUGCUGUGGAUGGAGUGUUUGACAUCUCUAAUGCGGACAGACUGGGCUACUCCGAGGUGGAGCUGGUGCAGAUGGUGAUCGAUGGAGUCAAGGUUCUGGUGGAGAUGGAGAAGAGACUGGAGAUAAGCGAACCUAUUGAUAACCUCAUGCCCAGCAUCCAGAGCGUAACAGAAACGAUCGAGUCUGAGCCUGAGCGAAAAAGGCUGACAGCUGAGGAAGAGUUCCCAGAUCUGAGUCAGCACAACAACCACAUGGCCAAGUUCUUAACUCUGGACAUGUACAAAAAACUGAGGGAGCGGACUACAUCCAAUGACUUUACCAUAGAUGAUGUCAUCCAGACAGGCGUGGACAAUUCUGGCCACCCCUUUAUCAUGAAGGUUGGCUGUGUGGCGGGAGAUGAGGAGUCAUACGAGGUCUACAAGGACCUGAUGGACCUUGUCAUUCAGGACAGGCAUGGAGGAUACAAACCAACGGACAAGCAAAAGACUGAGCUCAACCCAGAAAAACUGAAGGGGGCCGAGGACCUCGACCCAAACUAUGUUCUGAGCUCCCGUGUUCGUACCGGUCGCAGCAUUCGCGGCUUCUGCCUGCCGCCUCAUUGCACUCGUGGAGAGAGACGCGCAUUGGAGAAGCUGUCAGUCGAAGUUCUGGAAUCGAUGACUGGAGACCUGCAGGGCAAAUAUUUUGCUGUAAAAGACAUGACAGAAGCUGAGCAGCAGCAGCUGAUUUUUGACCACUUCAUGUUUGACAAGCCAGCGUCCCCUCUGCUGCUGUCCACUGGGAUGGCCCGUGACUGGCCUGAUGGCAGAGGCCUUUGGCAUAACGAAAACAAGACGUUCUUGGUGUGGGUGAACGAGGAGGACCAUUUGAGAGUGAUCUCCAUGCAGAAAGGAGGCAACAUGAAGGAAGUGUUCACUCGCUUGUGCAACGGAGUCACUCAGAUGGAGUCCUUGUUCAGGAAGAAAGGUCAUGUUUUCAUGUGGAAUGAGCACCUGGGCUACAUCUUGACUUCCCCAGCAACUUUGGGCACUGGACUGCGUGCUAGUGUCCACGUGAAGCUACCAAACUUGAACAAGCACCCGGAGUUUGAUGAGGUUCUUAAGAGACUGAGGCUCCAGAAACGUGGAACGGGUGGCGAGGACACUGCUGUUGUGGAUGCAGUCUUUGACAUCUCAAACAUCGACAGACUGGGUUUCUCUGAGGUCAGGCUGGUCCAGAUCCUGGUUGAUGGGAUCAGGGUCCUUGUGGAGAUGGAGAAGAGGCUGGAAAUGGAUGAGUCCAUCGACGACCUGAUGCCCAGCAAUGUUGAAUUGAAGGGGCUGACGGUGAAGGAUGAGUUCCCAGAUCUCAGUCAGCACAACAACCACAUGGCCAAAGUCUUAACCCUGGACAUGUACAAAAAGCUCAAGGAUCGUUCGACUCCCAAUGGCUUCACCAUAGACGAUGUCAUCCAGACAGGCGUGGAUAAUCCAGGUCACCCCUUCAUCAUGACUGUGGGCUGUGUUGCUGGUGAUGAGGAGUCAUAUGAGGUCUUUGGUGAACUGCUGAACUCUGUCAUUGAGGCGAGACAUAAGGGUUACAACGCCAAAAACAAUCACAAGACAGACCUCAAUCCAGACAAUCUGAAGGUGUUGUCAGUGCUAGAGGUACAUUCAUAUUUGUACUGCAGGGUAACAAAUACUUGUUUUGCCCCCAAGGGUGGCGAUGAUCUGGAUCCUGAAUAUGUUCUGAGCUGCAGAGUCCGAACAGGCCGCAGCAUUCGAGGUUUUUGCCUCCCGCCGCUCUGCAGCCGUGGAGAGAGACGCGCUUUGGAGAAGCUCCUAUCUGAAACCCUGCAGUCACUGACUGGAGACCUGCAAGGGACAUACUACGCCUUGAAGAACAUGACUGAGGAGGAGCAGCAGCAGCUGAUUGAUGACCACUUGCUGUUUGACAAGCCGGUGUCCCCUCUGCUGCUGGCCUCGGGGAUGGCCCGUGACUGGCCCGACGGCAGAGGCAUCUGGCACAACGAGAGCAAGACUUUCCUGGUGUGGGUGAACGAGGAGGACCACAUGCGAGUGAUCUCCAUGCAGCAAGGCAAUGACAUGAAGGAAGUGUUCACCCGCUUCUGCAGAGGACUCACGGAGAUUGAGUCCCUGAUUACAAAUAAAGGCGAAGCAUUCAUGUGGAAUGAGCACCUGGGGUACAUCCUGACUUGCCCAUCCAACCUUGGGACUGGCUUGCGUGCUGGUGUCCACGUGAAGCUUCCAAGCGUGAGCAGGCACCCUGAGUUUGAAGAAGUUCUAAGGAGGUUGAAGCUCCAGAAACGUGGAACUGGUGGUGUGGACACUGAUGCCGUUGAUGGAGUCUUUGACAUCUCAAAUGCUGACAGACUGGGCUUCUCUGAGGUGCAGCUGGUGCAGAUGGUGGUCAACGGCGUCAAGCUGCUGGUGGAGAUGGAGAAGAGGCUGGCGCAGGAGGAGUCCAUCGAUGACCUGAUGCCAGCCAACCUUGAACUCAAUGUGUUUUCAGCUGAGCAAGAGUACCCAGAUCUCAGUCAGCACAACAACCACAUUUCAAAGUUCUUAACCAAGGACAUGUACAAGGUGCUGAGGCAGCGGUGCACCCCAAAUGGCUUCACCAUAGAUGAUGUCAUCCAGACAGGCGUGGAUAAUCCAGGUCACCCCUAUAUCAUGACGGUGGGCUGUGUGGCUGGAGAUGAGGAAUCAUACGAGGUCUUCAAAGAGCUGAUGGACCUUGUGAUUGAGGACAGACAUGGAGGUUACAAACCAAUAGAUAUCCACAAGACUGACCUCAACCCAGACCACCUCAGGGGGGGUGACGAUCUUGAUCCUAAGUAUGUUCUGAGCUCCCGUGUCCGAACGGGACGCAGCAUUCGUGGCUUCUGUCUACCGCCACUCUGUAGUCGUGGAGAGAGACGUGCUUUGGAGAAGCUCUGCACCGGAGCUCUUGAAUCACUGACUGGAGACCUGCAAGGGACAUACUACGCCUUGAAGAACAUGACUGAAGAUGAGCAACAGCAGUUGAUAAAUGACCACUUUCUGUUUGACAAGCCGGUGUCCCCUCUGCUGCUGGCUUCAGGGAUGGCCCGUGACUGGCCCGACGGCAGAGGCAUCUGGCACAACGACAAUAAGACCUUCCUGGUGUGGGUGAACGAAGAGGACCAUCUGCGAGUGAUCUCAAUGGAGAAAGGCGGCAACAUGAAGGAAGUGUUCACUCGCUUCUGCACCGGACUCACCGAGAUUGAGUCUGCCAUCAAGGAGAAAGGUGAAGCAUUCAUGUGGAAUGAGCACCUAGGCUACAUCCUGACUUGCCCAUCCAACCUGGGCACUGGCCUGCGUGCUGGUGUCCACAUGAAGCUACCAUUCAUGAGCAAGCACCCCAAGUUCGAGGAGGUUCUUAAGAAACUGAGGCUCCAGAAGCGUGGAACUGGUGGUGUGGACACAGCUGCUGUGGAUGGAGUCUUUGACCUCUCCAACACUGACAGACUGGGCUUCUCUGAGGUGCAGCUGGUCCAGAUCGUGGUUGAUGGCGUAAAGCUGCUGGUGGAGAUGGAGAAAAAACUGGAGAAGGGUGGCUCCAUCGACAGACUGAUGCCAGGCAAACUUAAGAUGAAGAAUCUUCCAGCUGAGAAAGAACUGCCGGAUCUCAGUAUGCACAACAGCCACAUGGCCAAGGUCUUAACACUGGACAUAUACAAGACACUGAAGGAGCGAAAAACCCCUUUUGGCUUCACCAUUGACCGCGUCAUCCAGUCAGGUGUUGACAAUCCAGGUAACCCUUUCACCAUGACUAUGGGCUGUGUCGCUGGAGAUGAAGAGUCUUACGAGGUGUUCAAAGAGCUGUUCGACCUUGUGAUCGAAGACAAACAUAGAGGCUAUAAGCCAACAGACAUGCACAAGACCGACCUCAACCCAGACGGCCUGGUGGUACAGCAAAUGUUCAUCCAUGAGUUAGAUGGGACGUACGGUGUGGAUUUGUGCCGGAGAUAAACAAUGUAUUUUUCCUCUCAGGGCGGUGAUGACCUUGACCCAAACUAUGUUUUGAUUUCCCGCGUCAGAGCGGUUCGCAGCAUUCGUGACUUCUGUUUCCCAGCACAAUGCACUCGUGGAGAAAGACGUCUUGUGGAGAAGCUCUGCAUCGAAGUUCUGAAUUCACUUAGUGGAGACCUGCAAGGGAAAUACUACCACUUGAAGGACCUGUCAGAAGAGCAGCAGCAGCAGAUGAUGGAUGAGAACUUGCUGUUUGCUAAGCCGGUGUGUCCUCUGCUGCUGGCCUCUGGGAUAGCCCGUGACUGGCCCGACGGCAGAGGCAUCUGGCACAACGACUGCAAGACAUUUUCUGUGUGGGUGAAUGAGGAGGACCAUCUCAAAGUGAUGUCCAUCGAGAAAGGUGGCAACAUGCGGGCAGCGUUUGCCCGCUUCUGUGGCGGAAUCCAAGAGGUGGAAUCUGCUUUCAAGGAGAAAGGCCAUGCAUUCAUGUGGAAUGAGCACUUGGGCUUCAUCAUGUCCUGCCCAUCCAACCUGGGCACUGGUCUGCGUGCUGGUGUGCAUAUUAAACUGCCAAACCUGGGAAAUCAUCCUAACUUUGAUGAAGUUCUGAAAAGGCUGAGGCUUGAGAAACGUAGAACCGGUGGCGCAGACACUGAUGCCGACGUUGUCUUUGACAUCUCCAACGCUGACCGACUGGGCGUCUCAGAGGUGCAGCUUCUGCAGAUGGUGGUCGAUGGUGUUAAGCUGCUGGUGGGGAUGGAGAAAAAGCUGGAGAUGGAAGAAUCUAUUGAUGACAUGAUGCCCACCCAGAAGUAGAGCCAACACUCUCGUUUCAUGAGUCAUGUUACCCGUGACAACCUUGGUUCAUGAUUUUAACAGUUGUGUAGUCUUAUCAUACUGUACUGUUGAUGGGUCUGAAAUAAAAAGUCUCAUGAACACCAUAGUGGAAAAA